AAAGCGCUGCUCUUUGGGUCAUGUGAUCAGAAGAUGGCGGCCCCUCAGUAGCUGGCUGUCCACUGUGGCGUCCGAGAAUCCGGGACGGUUUCGGUUGCGGGGACGGCGGCAAAGCUUAACUGGACUCCGUGGCCGCCGGCAGCCUCGGGCAGAGGAGCCCGCUCGGAGAAGCGGCGGCAUAGGUGGGUAGGCCGGCGACCUUGCUGCUGCUUUCUCGGGUCCAGCUCUGCCCGGCGAGGGGUGAGUUAGCUGCGGGCUCGAGGAGAGAAGGACGAGGCUUUCCCUUGCUCGCUUUUAACCCCACCGGGGCUGGAGCCAGCCCCCUGGCCCAGAGCCCGGCCUCGGGGCACCCCGAGGCACGAGGGACCCGAUCGGAUGCGGAUACCGACGCCCCUGGAGGAGCCAGAUGCUGUGAGGAGCUGCGGACGCGCACCCCGCGGCUGCCGCCAGGGAGCCUGCGGCGCUGGAGAAGCUCCCGUGAGCGUCCCCUCGCCCCGGAGACCUCUGCCCAUUAGUUCUCCUUGUGUUUUUGACUGACUUCUCCGUUUUCACUUCUCCUUCCUCAUGCCCUUUUACCAUAACUGGAAAUAUGAUCAGCGCCCCUGAUGUGGUGGCUUUUACCAAAGAGGAAGACUACGAGGAGGAGCCUUACAAUGAGCCGGCCCUGCCAGAGGAAUACUCCGUCCCCCUGUUCCCCUUUGCGAACCAGGGGGCCAACCCGUGGUCUAAGCUGUCAGGGGCCAAAUUCUCUCGGGAUUUUAUUCUCAUCUCAGAGUUCUCUGAGCAGGUGGGACCCCAGCCCUUGCUGACCAUCCCUGAUGAUACCAAAGUUUUUGGCACUUUUGAUCUUAACUACUUUUCUCUCCGGAUCAUGUCUGUGGAUUACCAGGCCUCCUUUGUGGGGCAUCCAUCCGGCUGUGCCUAUCCCAAGCUGAACUUUGUUGAAGACUCCAAGGUUGUACUGGGGGAUUCAAAGGAAGGAGCUUUUGCUUAUGUGCAUCAUCUCACCCUUUAUGAUCUGGAGGCCAGAGGUUUCGUCAGGCCAUUUUGCAUGGCCUAUAUUUCCACUGAUGAACAUAAAAUCAUGCAGCAGUUCCAAGAGCUCUCAGCUGAAUUCUCCAAGGCUUCAGAGUGCUUGAAGAAAGGUAAUAGAAAAGCUUUUGCAAAUGAACUUGAAAAGAAAUUGAAAGAUCUGGAUUACACUAGGACAGUGCUUCACACUGAAACAGAGAUCCAGAAAAAAGCCAGUGACAAAUGGUUUUACUCCUCUCAGGCCAUUGAAAAGGCUAAUGAGUUGGCCAGUGUGGAAAAAUCCAUUAUUGAACACCAAGACCUAUUAAAGCAAAUCAGAUCUUAUCCUCAACGAAAACUGAAGGCACCUGAUUGCUAUCCAUGUGAGCCAGAAUGUGCCCAGGAUCAAGCAGCUGACCAGGCAUCCACUACCUCUAACCCUGAUGAACCUGCUGAAAGAAAUCUUUAUAGGCGAAGAACCUCAUAUACCCCCAAGCUCAUCAAAGCAAAGUCUGCUAAAUGUUUUGACAAAAAGCUGAAAACCUUGGAAGAACUUUGUGACACUGAAUUCUUCACCCAGACCUUGGCUCAGUUGAAUCACAUUGAACGUAUGUUUAGAGGAGAUCUGUGUUAUCUUUUGACCAGCCAGAUUGACAGAGCCCUUUUGAAACAACAAUGUAUAACUAACUUCCUCUUUGAAGACUUGGUAAUUUUAGAUGAUAAAAUAGCAGAGAAACAAGAAAAUAUGCCAAUGGAGUACAGUCAGGACAAGCUACACUCCAGAUCUUUAGAUGAUUGUCCAAUUCCUAAAGUGUUAAUUAAUGUGGGAUCUUUCAAGUCCAGUGUGGAGUCUGUACUUAUCAAGAUGGAACAGGAAGUUGGAGAUGAAUUCAAAGAGUCUGAGGUAACAGAAGCUAGCAUUUAUGGUCAUCGGGAGAACUUGGAUUACCUUGAUAUGGAUAUGAAAGGAAGCAUCAGUAGCGGUGAAAGCAUUGAAGUUUUGGGCACUGAAAAGUCUACUUCUGUUUUAUCUAAGUCGGACAGUCAGGCAAGCUUGACUGUCCCAUUGAGCCCUCAGGUGGUCCGAAGCAAAGCAGUCAGCCGAAGGACUAUCAGUGAAGACAGCAUCGAGGUUCUUAGCACUUGUCCCUCAGAGGCCUUGAUCCCUGAUGACUUUAAGGCAAGUUACCCAAGUGCCAUUAAUGAAGAACCUUAUGUGGAAGAGCCUUAUGCAGAUGAUGAUGAAGGAGCUAUUCAUUUUAGUGCAAGUAUCAGCCAACAGGAUUUUGGUGAGACAGAGGGCAAUUUAGAACACACCUUAACACAAACAGAUUCUGCUUGUUGUAUUGGAAAAGAUAGUUCAAGUCUCCUCAUACCAAAUUCUGACCAAACACAAAAACACUGCGAUGAAGAUGGAGUGGUCAGCAUCCCCCCACAGCGUUAUAAGGAGAGGCAACAGGGAUUUCACGUGGACUUCUCAGUGGAUGAUAUCAACUCUUCUUGCCAGGAGAAUACAAUAGAAGGCCUUUCUCCUUAUGACCUGGACCCAAGCUGUCUGAGAAGCAGCAGGGAUCUCAGUAAGAUCAGCCUUAAUGAAUAUGGAGAUUCUACCAGCCACAUUAGCAGUGCAGCAUCUACCAGUUCAGAUAGGACUCCUUCUCCUGCCCAUCACAUUGGCCUUUUCUCAGAGAGGCAUAAAAAAAAGGCUGGGCAGAAUGCCUUAAAAUUCAUUAGGCAGUACCCCUUUGCACACCCUGCAAUUUACUCUCUGCUUAGUGGAAGAACUCUUAUUGUGCUAGGGGAAGAUGAAGCAAUAGUGAAGAAGCUCGUAACAGCUCUUUCCAUCUUUGUUCCCAACUAUGGCAAAUAUGCCAAGCCUGUGAAACACUGGGUCUCUUCCCCUUUGCACAUAACGGAUUUUCAGAAGUGGAAACUUAUUGGCUUACAGAGAGUGGUUUCUCCAGCUGGUGUCAACACCCUCCAUUCCCUGAACCGAUACAGCCGUUACACUAGCAUACUAGAUUUGGACAACAAAACAUUGCGGUGCCCACUGUACCGGGGCACAUUAGUGCCCCGCCUGGCAGAUCACAGAACCCAGAUCAAACGGGGGAGCACCUACUACAUGCAUGUGCAGAGCGUCCUGACUCAGCUAUGUUCUAAGGCCUUUCUCUAUGCUUUCUGUCAUCACCUACACUUGCCCAUCAAUGAGAAGGAGACAGAGCAGUCUGUGGUAGGCCGACAGGUGAAUUUCUUGAAGCUCCACCUGGGCCUAGUGAAUGAGGAUGUCAAAGUGGUGCAAUAUUUGGCUGAGCUGCUCAAGCUGCAAUAUAUCCAAGAGCCUGUCAGGCCUCAUCACUCGAUGCUCAGGUUUGACUAUGUUCCCAGCUUUUUGUACAAAAUCUAGGCCUAUUCCCAGCUGUUAUAACAGAAACAUAUAUGACUUUAGGGUAAGAGGGUGCAGUGAGGAUGACUGAACAUUUGCCUGAGCUUGACUUUCUAUUUUUGCUAUUCAUGGAAAAGAACAUUAGAUGAUGAAAAAUGUUAGUAGCAUCAGGACCUCUUCAGCUGGGGAAAUGCAGAUGUUUAAGAGGUUCCUGACACUCAGGAACCAAAUAUAGGAUAUUUUCCACAACCGAGCUUUCUUUGAAGAUGUUUAAGAGGGCAAUCAGCUACCAUUAAGUUCUUUGUUGUGUCAUUUGUGUUUUGUGAUCAGGCCCCUAAAUUCAGAAUAGUUCAUUUUACAGCAAUGGGGACAAGGGUCCAUUAAAGUCAAAAUAUUCCUUGAUAUUUAAAAAAACUUACUGUAAGCUACAUCGAAACUACAAGGCUCUAGGCAUCAUAGAAAACUCAAAAGGAAUCCAGCCAAACCUUCAUCACAUUGAGGGGCAAAAUGACCAGGGAAACUAAUUUAACUAUGGCAAAUAGAAACUUAAUACAUAAUUUGUACAUUAAUGUCUUUUCAUUAAGACCUCAGGUAAUUGGCAGUGGCCCUGUAAUUAUCUGACAUUCCUAGAGACUUGUGUUCAAAGGAGGUAUUUAACUGCAGUCCCAAGAAACUGAUUGCUCCUUGAUCCCUGAGAUGGGAAGAGUGAAAGCACAGCAGCUGCCAUUUUGAAAGUACCUACUGACUGGGCAGUUUGAGAAAAUGCCCGCCCCCCCCCUUGGCUGAUGAUGAAUGUAUGUUAGAAUCUUCAGUUAUUUCUCAUGCCCACAAGAGAGAUCCAUCUGUGCCUUGUCUGCCUGUUUCACUGUUCAGUGUUGGGGGGGAGGGCUAGGAGGGGUAUUUCCAAACAGACUUUUUGAGUUUAGGUAUGCAGAGUAUCAGCAGUAGUAAUUGGAAGACAGUGGUUUGAAGCGUUCCAGGAUAACCAAGAGCAAGACAGAAGGCAUGGAGUGUGUGGGGCCAAAGGUACCAGUUUGACCAGUACCAUCAAGCCAAUAAUGGGUAAUUCCCAUGAUUUUGUUCUACUAGCUUCUCUCUGAUCAGGAUUUAGUUUGUUCGCUGUCAUGGCAAAGCUCUGGAGAAGUGUAAAAACUAUGGAUCAACACUGUCAACUCCAAAUCCUUUUAUCCAUUAAGCCUUUACAACUUUACAAGCCUCUCAGAAGGUAUAAUUUGCUAGCUAGUCUACAGGCUUUGGUUCAUUUCACUGUUUUGUGACUAGCAGUUUUCUUGUGUUCUAAAAUUCCCUGAAUUAAUUUAGCCAGAUGAUGGUGUGGAGAGGAUAGUGCCUACCUCUUGACCUGUUUUUGUUUUCAUAGCGUGUGGCCUCCAUCUCCACAAAUGAUUUAUAGGUGAUUUUUAAAAGGUGGCAGGGAGUUGCAAUUAAUUCUCUGCCUCUAUGUCAUGAUUAGAUAUUACUCUUGGUUUUUAUCUUUACUUCCUCAUACAUAUUAUACACUCCCUCACACCUGCCACCAGAAUGUGGAGAUAAAUGUUUUCUUGAAACCUUGAACUUUUUAGUACUUUCAAAGAAUACUAUUUUUUCUUCCCAGCCAUGAAAUUUUGCUGUUUUUAAUUUAUUCCACAAAAACAUGUGUUUACAGAUGUGAAGCAAUCCUGAAUUCUGUACUGAGUAUGAUGUUGCCAUUGAGCCAUUGAGUGGAGGAUUCUUAGGUGGUUUGUUUGUGUUUUCCUCUUGUUCAAGUUUGAUGUCAGGAUCCUAGUGUCCUAACUCAAGGGUUUCUUUGAAACUAAGCUUCAUCCAGCUAUUGCCUCUAGGGCAGCAUGUUUUUCCUUUUCCGUGAAUUUUUCAAUACCGUGACAUUUGUGUUGUGCCCUCUCCCAAAGAAAGAGAAUGACAAGAAGAGAUUUGUUUUUCUUUCUCAUUCCCCUAGCUGUUCUGUGUGAGAGGACUGGGAAAGCCGUCUCCUCUCCCUUUUCCUACUCCCAGUGCAAUGUUGCUUGUCAAAUUGAUAAACUUGGGGACUUUUUCAUGAUGGAGCAGCUUGGAUAUCUUCACAUUAUUUCUCCUUCUCUCUCCUCCCUUUCUUUCCCACUACAUAGCAAAAACAUAGGAGAAAAGUUCCUGAUGCCUUUGAAACAGGCAUAAAUUUGGCUUAUGACAUAGACCUACAUCUUAUAGCCUUGCCUCUCACAUUUGUCAAAUGUUGGUGUAUCUUAGCUGGAUGGUCAAAUAGUGUUUUUGCAUAUCCACGAAGCUGCUAUUUCGACUAUAGCUGCAGUUUCCCUUUAGAGAAAAAGAAUGAUGAAAGAGUUGCUGUUUCUGUUUGAAUUUUAAACUUUCCACUCACUACAGGACUGCUUUGAAGCAAAAGGAAAGUGUAACUGUUUCCAUUUCUGAUGUGUGGUACAUUUGGCUUAAGUCACUAUGGUGGUUUUUGAAUAGAACACUUUGGGGGAUAGGAAUUGAGAAAGAGGCUCCUUCCCAAUCUUGACCUCAAUGGCAUUUCAGAAGUUGUAACCAAAAUUGUGGACAGUAAGAUAGGAAAACCAUGAUAAUAGGACAAACUUUUUUCUACAGGAAUCUGAGUGUAGCUUAUGACUCUAAAAGCCUCUUUAAAAAAAACUUAACAAAAGUUAUCAUUAACAAGGGUAAACUAAGUGUUGUGGUUGUAUUCCAAUUGGAAAAUAAUUUUAGGGAAUAUGAAUUCCAAAAAUAUUAUUCAGUAAAAUUAUUUCUUCUUAAACAGGUUUUGAAAAAUUAUCAGGGGUUUGGUAAUAAGUAUUUAACAUACUCACAAAGUGGAAUUUAGCUUAAAUGCACUCUAUGGCAAGGCCUGUUAACACUUUUUCCAUUUCAGAAAGUUGAAUCUAAUAGACAACUUUUUUUUUUUUAAUUGGGGGAGGGGAGGGAUAUAAGAAUUAUAAAUGCUAAAACACAAAUUUUUUUCUUUGCAAUUAAUACAAUAAAUAUCAUAGAAAACGUUCAAAAACAAAGCUUAAAUUUAAGUAAUUAAUCACGUCCCCGAAUCUAGGUAACAGUCCCACUUUUUAAUCAAGAUUCAUUUUUAGAUAAGACACUUUUUUUUUUUUUUGGAGAUUUUAAUCUAGUUUCAGUAUUUUCUUUUUUUUUUGUACUACCUUUUUUGGGGGAAAACAACUAAAGCGAGAAUUAGGUGAUAGAAACCUGAUGAUCUUCAGACUUGUUAAGGAUUUAUUGGUAUGUUUUAAAACCCUUUUUAGAAAAUUAAAACAAAAAGCCUGUAUAAAGCCAUAUUAAUCUCCUAUUUCCUGCUUUAUUGCUUCCCCAAACCAAGUAUUCCCCUUCUUAAGUUGGAUGGUUUUGUUUUUACAUAAAUGUUACCUGGAAAAAUUGGGUACAUCUAUUUCUCAAUUUUAAGAUUUAUUACAAUCUUCAGUCAACCCAGCUGGAAAAUACCUUUUUUCCAAGAAUACUUUUAAUUUUUAUUCAUGGACAGAUCUUUAUUUGGAAUGUAAUACAGCAUAAUUCAAACCUGAUCCCAUUUUAAGAUUCUAGAGGGGGCCAUCAGUUUUUAAUUUGCUUGCCAGGGCUGCUAAGGUUCAAUGAAGUGUCUCUAAGCAAAAAUGAUUGCUUGCUUUUAAAUAGUCUGGUUUUUUGUCAAUACCAAGAGCAUGUAUCCUCCCAACAGAUCCUCAGUGUUGCAUGUCAGUCAUAGUCUCUAGUGUUACCUUUGUGAUAUUUGUCAGUGCAACAACUGGGCACACCUUCUCAGACUAAUAGAAUUCAUCAGGGCAGCCUUUGGAAGAAUAUCAACAAAAAGUUGAGAUCAAGUUGUUUUUCUCAAGUUUGCCUCCCUAAAAGUUCAGAAAGGAUGUGUUGAUUUAUGUUUUAAGUUGAACUUGUUUUCUGGCUUUUCCCCAAUACUGUGCUUUGUGUUAAUAAGAGAACUCAUUUGGUAAAAAGAGGGAGGCAACAAGGUUUUCUCUGCUCCUAAGGUGGAAUGUAAUGCAGUUGAAAAUUCCAACACCUUGAGCUGCCUCUGCUUUUUAGAAGCUUGUGGUCUUGACUCAGCAUUUAUGUUCUGUUACACUUGAAGGAAGGCAGGAUAGUUCAAGGAAGUUAAAAGGUCAAAGUUCAUAGGUUGGGAAAAGACCUGAGGCCAAGUUACCUGCAGCUGUUGGGCUCAGGUCAGUAGCUUGUUCUUUACUCAAGUGAAAGAAAUGAAUUCUUCCUAAGCAGCAGUGCAAAUUGUCAAUUCAUGUCCUAUAAAUAUGUUCAUCACUUCAGGGAGCAGGGAGCGAUUUGCUGCCAUUGUAUGCGUGUGUGCACUUUAGACCAUUGUACAAAAUUCAUUACUGAUGCCAGAUCCCAGAUGGAAGCAAAAAUGGGAAAACUGGUGAAUCAGUCACCCACAGGGAUGAUUCUAAAGUACCUAUUUCCAUUAAAUGUGAUGAGUCAAAACCAGCAGUGAUGGGCUGAUUUAUGUGAGGAGGCAGAGCUACAGGGUACAACCUCACCUCCUGACAAUUCAAACACUGGAGUUUGGAAUACUAAUUGGGUUGAGAUAAAUAUUGCCUUUCAGGUAGCAGUGAGGAACAUGGGCUGUGAUGAAUUCUCACUUAUUUUAAAGGAAAACUAUUUUACUAUUGCAUGUUCACUUGUUUGUAUUUGUAAAUGUGUGUACAGACCAUUGUAUAAGCGGUAGUUUAAACAAGUGUCCAAUGGAAGUAGUAUACUUGGCAUGUCUAUAAUACCAUUUUAGGUGUAGCUGUACAAGUAUGAGUUAACGCCAAAUGAAUAGUAUGAGAAAUGUACUGUAAAAAAUUAAUUUAUUUGAGUUCAAAUAUUUUUGAAAUACAAAUUUGGUUGUAUUUUUAAAGCUAUAAUUCUUGUCACAUUCUGUGGUUAAUUUUAUUGUGCUUAUUAAAAAUGGUCAUUACUGUUUUGCACUCAGCUGUUUGAAAAAUAGUUUCAUUGGAAGGCACCAGCUUAAGAUGUCUUGAUUGUAGGGAACAGACCAAUAUGUCACACUGGAAAUAUAAAGCGAUUACUGCAAGUAAUCAGCAUAGGAUCACUCAUAUGUGAUCUGUUCUUCUAGAAAUAAGAGUCACGUUUGCCACCUUACUCUCCAAAGUACUGAGGAUUAAAGCAUUUAUAAGCUGCUUUGAGCUCUUUCUACAUAAUGUUGUACCAGAUACAAACUUGUCAGUCUUGUAAUAUUAUACUUAAUU